CCGCGACAUACCCGGAUGUGGAAUACGGAAACGGAUGAGAGGAGCAAGAUGGCCGCCGUCAGUCUGAGUGUUUGGCUAGCUGCGCUGUUGUUAUGUCUCACCCGGGGGGGUUUCGGGUCACUGGACACCCUCCUGGGGGACAGCUCGUCCUGCCAUCAUGUGUGUGAGGGCACCUACCCCCUGCAUACCUACCCAGAGGAGGAGGAGCUGUUUGCCUGUCACCGAGGCUGUCGCCUGUUCUCUAUCUGUCAAUUUGCUGUGGAUGGAGGUGACUUAAAUAAGACAAAGGCGGAAUGUGAUGCAGCCUGUGUGGAAGCUUAUCCCAAGUCUAAUGAGCAAUAUGCUUGUAUCCUGGGCUGCCACAGUCAGAUGCCCUUUGCAGAGAAGCGACAAGAAGAGCUGUCCGAUAUGGUGCCCAGGAUCCACAUCCUCUUUCCUCUCACCAUGGUCAGAGCUUUCUGGAGCGACAUGAUGGAUUCUGCACAAAGUCUCAUGACUUCAUCUUGGACCUUCUACAUACAGGCAGAUAACGGGCGCAUCCUUGUGGUCCAGUCUCCGCCAGAAAUCCAGCAGAUGCCACUGCUGCAUCUAGAAAACCCAGCAGCGAGAUCGAACAUGCUGGACUCGCUAUCCUCAGACCUAAUGCCUGGCGAUUCUGUGGGAGAGGGCCCCUGGAGCCGAAGAGCCGGUCUUCUGGAGUUAGAAGGAGGAGAGGGGAUUAUGAAAUGUUUCUCUAUGAAUUCUAACUGGCUCCUCACAGCAACAUUGCUCCUGUCUAUCCUGGUUUUGCUUUGGAUAUGUUGUGCUACAGUAGCUACAGCAUCCGAUCAGAUUGUCCCUACCGAGAAGCUGAGUAUAUAUGGUGAUAUGGAAUACCUGAAUGAGCAGAAGCUUCACAAAUACCCUCCUACAUCACUUGUUAUUGUCCACGGCGUUCCCCAAGAAGAUGAAGAUGCCGGACCCUUACCAACCAAGGUGGACUUGGCCAAGUCUGCUAUAUAGCCCAGCAUUCCUCACCCUACUUCUUUUCUCAUUCUGUAGCAAUGCGGAUUUGUAGAGCUGGUGCAGAGUGACACAAUCUCCCCAUCAGAUUCACAUACUCCUGGAGGCUUGGGGGAAAUGGGAGCCUCUUAUCUGUAUUGUAUGUACCAAUCUAGAACUGGAUCCAGUGGGUCUGGCUUGUCUCGGGGAUGUGGGCAUAAUCUUUUUUUGUUAUUGGGGUGGCUUAUGUUUUCCCAUAUCUUAUCUUUACUGUAAACCUUUCUUACACAGGUAGGUAAUUCUAAUAAUGCUCUUGGUUUGACUCUGCUUCGCAAUCAUCUCCUGUGUGGCACAUUAAGGCCUUGUUCCCAGGCUUUGUGGGUGUGUGAUAUCUGUGUCUUUUGCAUUCGCAGAUUGCUGUGUUGCUGUUAACAUAGGCGUUUGUGUUCAGUAACAUCGGAAGCUGUGAUCUGUAAAACCCUCUCUUGUAUUAUACAGGGAGUUCAAAAAGUCCCUCUGCAGUGGCUGCGUGCUAAGCAGGUCUCCCGGCAGAGAGUGUUUAUGCUAAGCAAAAUGACAACAUAACUGUUUGUAACCACUUAAUUUACAUGAAAUAAAAGCAUAUUUGUUCAGUACUUAUCUACAUUAAGUGUUGGAAGUGUUGACAGCCCCCCAUAUUUUUAAACUCCCUGUAUAUGGAAUGCAGCAGAGCAUCAGAUGCAUCACACCCUUGUUAAUGAGUCUUAUAAAGAGUCUUCCUUGGGAGUGUACUAUAUAUUCAGCUUACGCUUAGAAGUUUGGCACAGGUCAGUUUAGUUUAGAAGUCUCCCAAAAAAGACUGAUAAUAAUUUGCACAGACACUUUCUUUGGUUCUAAAAUAUGAAGUAUAAAAAAAAUAUCAGGUUAGGGCAGAGGAAAGUAGUUUAUAUCUGGCCAACUGUUGUGGAACUACAAAUCCCAGCAUGUUCGACCUGUGGCUGCCAGGCCAUGCUUACACUUGUAGCUCCGCAAUAGCUGGUGAGCCAUAGGUUGUUUUAUCUUUUAGAAUAUAUAUUUUUUCUAUUUGAUGUUAAUUGUUCUUGCUAGUUGGCUAAUAUAAUAAUGCUCCUCCGAUAGAAAUACAGAGGAACAUGAACUCGAAGAAGACAUCUUUAUGAUUUAAGAUCGUUAACUGCCACCAAUCUCUUGCUAAACAAAAAAUUGGGAUGUGGGAUUUUUGAGUUUGUAAAUUUGCAGUUUUCCUGUAAUAAAAUGUAAUCACUAAUUGUGACACCUACA